CACUGGGUGGCGCACAGUCCGUAUAAUACUUUCCCGAUCUUUAUGCACAGAGCAUCCAGAGCCUGUUUCACCUGGGUCAGAAGAGGAGCCGGACAAUACUCCUCUUCAUGGAGGUCGGGACUUGCUGCAAUUAAAUGCACUGCUUCGGCUGUACCUUCCCUCCAUGCUGGCAGCAUCGCAGUCCCUGAAGCCUGGAAGCGGGUCUCGCCGCCACCUGUUACUACAGCCGGGUUACCUGAGCAUUCCGGGGCAUGCACUGACCUGGGGGCAAUAACUGGAUAACGCACAGCCUCCGACUGACCGCACGGCACCUGGGGGAAUGGGGGCAUUCAGCUUGGCGCUGUUGCUGGCGGCAGGACUGGUGGCGGUGGCAGCUACUAAAGGGCAGCUUAGUUGCAAAGAGGUUCGGGCCAGUUUUCAGUCGCUGCAGCCGGGAGUCAGAUGGGUGCCAGAAUCACCUGUUUCAGGGACCGAUCUGCAAGUAUGUAUCACCAAGACCCCAACCUGUUGCAAUCGUAGAAUGGAGGAGAGGUAUCAGAGUGUAUCACGUCUAAACAUGGAGCAGCUUCUCCAGACCGCCAGUGCAAAACUGAAAUUCCUUAUUAUCCAGAAUGCUGCCAUAUUUCAAGAAGCUUUUGAAAUGGUAAUUCGGCAUGCAAGAAAUUACACAAACACAAUGUUCAAGACUCAUUAUCAGAACAUCUCAUCAAAGGCCAUGAAAUUUGUUGGUGAGCUAUUCACAGACAUCUCAUUGUACCUGCUGGGCUCCGAUAUUAAUGUAAAUGACAUGGUAAAUGAGUUUUUUGAUAGCCUGUUUCCUGUAUUGUACAGCCAUUACCUAAACCCAGGAGUUCAUGAAACAGUUGAAAAUGCUGAGUGUCUUCGUCUUGCAAGGGUUGACACCAAUGCCUUUGGCCAGUACCCUAAAACUGUUAUGACACAGGUAUCAAAAUCUUUACAGGCUUCCAGGGCCUUCCUGCAAGCACUGAACCUUGGAAUUGAAGUUAUAAACACUACUGAUUACCUGAAAAUCAACAAAGACUGUGGAAGGACACUAAUGAAAAUGUGGUAUUGCUCCCACUGCCAAGGUGUUUUGGAGGCCAAGCCGUGCGCUGGGUAUUGUGGAUCUACAAUGCGAACUUGCCUAGUUGGUGUGGUGGAAAUAGAUACACACUGGGAUGAAUACAUUCUUUCAAUAGAGAGGCACACCAGAGAAAUGUAUGGCAUCUAUGACCUGGAGAAUGUUCUGCUUAAUCUUUUUUCAUUAAUUCGAGAGGCUGUGCUACAUGUUGAGAAGAACUGGGCAAAACUAAGCACAUCAAUUAAUAAAUUGUGCAGUCCUUCCAAACAAAGAAUAUCCAGGUCGGUGCAUAAUAAAAGAGAGUUCUUUAUCAACAAAAAAGAAAUAAAAACUUAUAUAGACCAUGAAGAGACUCUUUCUGGAAAGAGACGGGAGUUUGUUGCAAAGCUGAAAACAUACCGUCAUUUCUAUGGGGAUCUUCCAGCACAAGUGUGCCACCAUAGUGCUGUUGUGGAAAAUGAUACCUUCUGCUGGAACGGACAUGAGAUAGUAGAGAGGUUCAGUCCUCACACAGUGAAGAAUGGUUUAAAGAUCCAUUCAAGCCACCAGGAAGGAAAAACCAGAGGCUCAGAACCUGUUAUUAAUCAGAUCAUUGACAAGUUAAACCAUAUUAAUCAGCUUUUAAAGGGAAUGUCAUCACAACGACAAAAAUACCUUGGUAAAUUCACAGAGGAAGAAGAAGCAGAAAGUGGUGAUUGUGAUGAUGAAGAUGAUUGUGAUGGAGGAUCUGGCAAAAACAGCUUGAGGGUUAGGAACAAACUGCGUUUUAUUCCAGAAAUGGAUUAUGAUUUUGAUAUAGAGGACAUUCCAUUUAACAAACAAGUUCGGAAUCAGCAAGAACACAAUGGCCGGGAGAUCACCCAUCUCCAGUCUGGGAGUGACUACAAAGAGACAGUGCUGGCCAGACUCUUUCCCCUUUUCAUUGCUGCCAUUUUUGGGAUUCUUUUCAUGGUUUGAUUCUUUGUAUUAAAGUAUUUUAGCUCCCAGGGGCUAAAAAUGUUGCCAUAUGUAUUUUACUGUUUAUAACAUUCCCAAAUAAUAAAACCUUCUCGGAACAAAAGGGAUUUUAUAUAAUGAAUACAAUUGAUUGGUUAAUAAAGAAAAGCUGUUUAAUUACACCCUA